ACUCUUCUCCCUCUCCAUCUCUUCCCUAUCUCCCGCUGCCGGAGCCACCGCCGCGCGCCUCGCCUCGCCUCGCCUCCACGCGCUCGCGGCGGCCGGCGAGCACGCCCCCGCCCCCGCCCGGAGCGCGCGCGGCGUGGAAACGGUGCUCCUCUCCUUCUCCGGUCCCGCCCUAGGCAGCCUCCUCCUCCUCCCCCUCCGCCGACGAAAGCAGGUUCGCGAGAGGCGGCGUGCGGCGUGGCGGCCGCGGAGCUGAACUCGAAGGUGAUUGUGUGGCGAGAUGGGAAGAGCAGGUUACAUGAUAGAGAAGGAUGGAGGGUAGGAAGAUUGAGAGGGGGAGAUUGAGGGGCUUCGUCCGGCGGAUGGCAAUGGAGUGCCUGUGCUCCGGGGAGCAGCUGAGGGCGGCAGAUGAGAUCAUCCGGUCACCGGAAUCUGCAAUCACCAAAGAUUGCUCGGCCAGCGGGUACUCGUCCCAGAACGGAGAGAUCGAGCAGUACCUUGAUAAUGGCAACAUUGAGGAGGCCGAGUUGUCGCUCCGGGAGGGUGUUUGCCUUAACUAUGAGGAAGCAAGGGCAUUACUAGGAAGGCUAGAGUACCAGCGUGGGCAUGUAGAAGCAGCACUUCGUGUAUUUGAUGGGAUUGAUAUACCUGCUUUAGUCCCUAAGAUGAAAAUCUCAAUUGCUAGAAAAGUGGAUCGUCGGAAGACUCGUUCACAAUGGGAUUCUCCACCAAUGCCCUUGCAUGCUGUCAGCCUACUCAUGGAGGCCAUAUACCUUAAAUCAAGAGCUCUUCAUGAUCUUGGAAAGUUCAAAGAAGCUGCACAAGAAUGCAGAAUGAUAUUGGAUAUCGUGGAAGCAGCAGUGCCUGAGGGUUUACCAGCAGGCUUUGGAAAAGAUUGUAAAUUAAACGAAAUAAUAUGCAAGGCUGUAGAGUUGCUCCCUGAACUAUGGAAACUAGGGGGAUUUUCACUUGAAGCCAUAUCUUCAUAUAGGAGGUCUCUUCUCAAUAAUUGGAACCUUGAUGGAGAGACCAUAGCUCGCAUACAAAAAGAAUUUGCCAUUUUUCUCCUAUAUAGUGGCUGUGAAGCACGACCUCCAAAUCUUCAUUCACAGUUGGAUGGUUCAUUUGUACCUCGCAAUAAUAUGGAAGAGGCUAUUCUUCUUCUAAUGAUUCUAUUAAGGAAGUUCAAUCUCAAGAGGGUUGAGCGGGAUCCUACUAUAAUGCAUCACCUUACAUUUGCUCUGUCCAUCUCAGGGCAGCUAAAGUCACUAGCUGUACAAUUUGAAGAAUUGUUACCUGGCAUGCUGGAUAAAAGAGAGUGGUCAUACAAUGUUGCGUUGUGUUACCUUGCAGAAGAAGAUGAUUCGACAGCCCUGAAUCUUCUCAAAAGGAUAUUAAAAUCUGGAGAUGAUUCUGACAAUUUCAAAGAACUCCUCUUAGCUUCAAAGGCUUGCACUGAAAGGAGUGCCCAAACUGAAGGUGCUUCCUACGCACAGAGAGCAAUAGCCAAUAUGCAGGGAGGAUGUGAACAAAUGGCGGGUGUUGCAGACCUGCUGCUUGGAGUUAACCUUUCUAAUCAAGCUAGAUGUGCCACAUCUGAUACAGAGAGAGCUUCUUGGCAGUGUGAAGCUCUGGAGGUGCUUGAAAAUGCUGAAAAUAAGAUGCAUGGGAAAGAUCCUCGUGCAAUGUACAGUCUCAGCCUUGAAAAUGCUGACCAGAGAAAAUUAGAUGCUGCUGCCUUUUAUGCCAAGAAAUUGGUGAAAUUAGAGGCUGGAUCGGAAUUGAGGAGUUGGCUUCUUUUAGCUCGAAUACUAUCUGCUCAGAAACAGUUUGCUGAUGCUGAAACCAUUAUUGAUGCUGCUCUCGAUCAGACUGGGAAAUGGAGUCAAGGAGAUUUAUUGCGAACCAAAGCCAGAAUUCAGGCUGCACAGGGCCAACUCAGGAACGCUGUUGAGACAUACACCAAACUUCUCGCUGUCAUUCAACUCAGAACCAAAAGUCUCAGUGCUGGGAUCUUUUUGGCAAAGGGCACUAAGGAUGAUAUAAGCCUGGAAAUAGAGACCUGGUAUGAUCUAGCUCUGUUGUACCUACGCAUGUCACAAUGGAGGGAUGCAGAGGUCUGUGUAUCCAAGAUAAGGACCAUCAGUCCAUAUUCUGCCUUGGCUUGGCAUGUUAAAGGAAAACUCUAUGAAGCAAAAGGUCAACCAAAAGAAGCCUUGGGAUCCUAUUUCAGAGCAUUAGACCUUGACCGUAAACAUGUUCCAAGUUUGAUAUCAACUGCCUCUGUUCUUCGAGAAAUUGGCAACAGGCCAUUGCCUUCGGUCCGGUGCUUUCUGACCGAUGCGUUGCAACUGGAUCGAACAAAUCAUGCGGCUUGGUUUAAUCUUGGGCUACUCUACAAAGAGGAAGGUGGUCGGUCAGCAGCAGAAGCUGCAGAAUGUUUCCAGGCGGCUGCUCUUCUUGAAGAAACAGCACCUGUAGAACCUUUCAGAUUGCAGAACUCCAGUCAUGACCUUUGGGAGAUUAUAGUGUCAGAAAUUAGAGUGAGAGUCUAUUUGAACUGCUUUUCGAAUAGCUUUUCGACUGAGGAAGAUAUCCAAUCGGAAGCAAAGGGACACAAUGUAGACUUGUUUCAAAGAAAAAUUCUAUCCCAUGUUCCGUUCGGCCCACUGGAAAUAUCCGCCCACGGUCCAAACCCAUCGGCCCAGCCAAAACGUCUCCACUCUUCCUUUCCGGUAUUCCCACUGGGAUCCGCAUCCGGUUGGAUAUAUUUCCUCCUCCUCCUCCCCCACCAGAUGCUCGUCCACUCCUCCGCUCGCCGCCUCCUCGUCUCCCGCGGCGGCGGCAGCGGCAGCGGCAGCUUCUUCCCCUUCGCGGCGGCGGCCAACGCUUGCUCACGCAGAGCCCUCGCUCCUGUAUCCGCUAGCGCCAUGUCCUACCGCGGCGGAGGCGGCGGGCGUCGCGGCGGCGGUGGGGGCCCGAACUCCCAGCGCGGGCGCGGGCGUGGAGGUGGUGGAGCGGGGAGGGGAGGGGGAGGAGGAGGGCGUGGCGGCGGUGGGAGAGGGGAGCAGAGGUGGUGGGACCCGCAGUGGCGCGCCGAGCGGCUCCGGCAGAUGGCCGGCGAGGUGGAAAAGGUCGAUGAGAACGAGUGGUGGAACAAGAUAAGACAAUUAAGAGAAGGGUCUCAGCAGGAGCUAGUUGUUAAGCGGAAUUUUGGGCGUGAUGGACAAAACAUACUGGCAGAUAUGGCUCAGAGACAAGGGCUUUACUUCAAUGUGUACAACAAAGGGAAGACAAUUGUUUUCAGCAAAGUUCCACUACCUGAUUAUCGAGCAGACCUUGAUGAGAGACAUGGAUCAACACAACAAGAGAUUAGGAUGUCUAAUGAGACUGAGAGACGAGUGGAGAGCCUUUUGGCCAAGGCAAAGUCAAAUAGUAAUGAUUCUGCAAGCACAUCUACUCUAACAACGAGGCAAUCUCGGCCAAGCACAUCUUCGUCAGUAACUGAAUCAACAAAAGAUAUUGAUAAAGAAAGGCUCAGUUCUGAGCUUAGGGAUAUACAGAACUCAAGGAAGAUGAUGCCAAGUGCUAGGUCGAUGCAAUCUUUUAGGGAUAAACUACCAGCAUUCAAAAUGAGAGAGGAGUUUUUAAAAGCAGUAGCAGCCAAUCAGGUUCUAGUAAUUUCUGGUGAGACAGGCUGUGGUAAAACAACACAGCUUCCACAGUUCAUACUAGAAGAGGAGAUAGAUAACCUUCGUGGUGCUGAUUGUAGCAUAAUAUGUACUCAGCCUCGCCGUAUAUCUGCCAUAUCGGUUGCAGCUCGUAUAGCAUCUGAGAGGGGUGAAGAGCUUGGCGAUACCGUUGGAUACCAGAUUCGCCUUGAAUCGAAACGAUCUGCACAAACCAGACUGCUAUUCUGCACCACAGGAGUUCUACUUAGAAGAUUGGUUCAGGAGCCAGACUUAGUUGGUGUAAGCCAUUUACUAGUUGAUGAAAUUCAUGAACGUGGCAUGAAUGAAGAUUUUCUCAUCAUAAUUCUUCGCGACCUUCUGCCAAGGCGUCCAGACCUCCGCCUUGUAUUGAUGAGUGCAACCAUAAAUGCAGAACUUUUUUCCAAAUAUUUUGGAGAGGCACCAAUUAUGCAUAUCCCGGGCUUCACAUUUCCUGUUACCGAGUUGUUUUUGGAAGAUAUUUUAGAGAAGACCCGGUACAAGAUCAAUUCUGAACGUGACAAUUUUCAAGGGAACUCAAGAAGAAAGAGGCUUGCAUCAGUUAAGAGUGAUCCAAUAUCUGAUGCUUUUGAGGAUGUUGACAUUUAUAAGGAAUAUGGAAAUUACAGCGUUGCAACUAGGCAAUCCCUUGAAGCUUGGUCGGCUACCGAACUAAAUUUGAGCCUUGUUGAAGGUACAAUUGAGUACAUCUGUCGUCAUGAAGGAGAAGGUGCAAUCCUUGUGUUCCUUACUGGUUGGGAUGAAAUUUCGAAACUUUUGGAUAAGAUUAAGGGGAAUAAUCUCCUUGGAAAUUCCAAUAGAUUCCUGGUUAUUCCACUCCAUGGUUCUAUGCCCACUGUCAAUCAGCGUGAAAUUUUUGAUAGACCACCAGCCAAUAUGAGGAAAAUUGUUUUGGCAACAAAUAUUGCAGAAAGCAGUAUUACAAUAGAUGAUGUUGUCUAUGUAAUUGAUUGUGGCAAAGCAAAGGAAACAAGUUAUGAUGCCUUAAAUAAGCUUGCAUGCCUUCUACCAUCAUGGAUAUCAAAAGCUUCUGCCCAUCAGAGGCGAGGUCGUGCAGGACGUGUUCAGCCUGGUGCUUGCUAUAGGCUGUAUCCUAAAGUCAUUUAUGAUGCGAUGCCACAGUUUCAGUUACCUGAAAUUCUUAGGACUCCUUUGCAAGAGCUCUGUCUUACUAUCAAAAGCUUACAGCUUGGAGCUGUAGCCUCUUUCUUAGCCAAGGCACUGCAGCCACCAGACCCGCUUUCUGUUAAUAAUGCGAUCGAGCUUUUGAAAACCGUUGGAGCAUUGGAUGACGUGGAGGAGCUGACUUCUUUAGGGCGACAUCUUUGUACACUUCCGCUAGAUCCAAACAUUGGAAAAAUGCUGCUUAUUGGAUCUGUUUUUCAGUGUCUGGAUCCUGCAUUAACAAUCGCUGCUGCUCUUGCAUAUCGUAAUCCAUUUGUGCUCCCAAUAGAUAGGAAAGAAGAAGCUGAUGCUGUCAAAAGAUCAUUUGCUGGUGACUCCUGCAGUGAUCACAUUGCUCUUGUUAAGGCGUUCGAAGCAUGGAAGGAAGCAAGACGCAGUGGAAGAGAACGCUCUUUCUGCUGGGAAAAUUUCCUUUCACCCAUGACCCUGCAGAUGAUGGAUGACAUGCGUAAUCAGUUUUUUGAUCUACUAUCUGACAUUGGGUUUGUUAGCAAAACAAGAGGAUUGAAGGCAUAUAAUUAUUAUGGAAAGGAUCUGGAGAUGGUAUGUGCUGUCCUAUGUGCUGGGCUUUACCCAAAUGUCGUUCAGUGCAAAAGACGAGGCAAGAGGACAGCGUUUUACACCAAAGAUGUUGGCAAAGUGGAUAUCCAUCCAUCAUCAGUCAAUGCGGGAAUUCACCAAUUCCCAUUGCCUUAUCUGGUUUAUAGCGAGAAGGUUAAAACUGCUAGCAUUUAUGUCAGGGAUUCCACAAACAUUUCCGACUAUGCUCUUCUCCUCUUUGGUGGUUCUCUCAGUGAGAGCAAAACUGGAGAAGGCAUUGAGAUGCUUGGGGGGUAUCUUCAUUUCUCUGCACCAAGGCGUAUCAUAGAGUUGAUCCAGAGAUUAAGAGGUGAAUUGGACAAACUCCUCCAGAGGAAGAUCGAGGAGCCUGCACUUGACAUAUUUUCUGAAGGAAAAGGCGUUGUGGCGGCAGCAGUAGAACUGCUGCACAGCCAAAACGUUCACCACUAGAUGCUAUCUAUACCGGUUCCAUAUAGCAGUUUUAGAACUAAAAUAACAGCUAUACCAGGGAGUGCUUUUGUAUACUCCCUUCAAUUUCGUUUGCUUGUUAGAGUUGACCCCUUAUUUUUUGUGAUUUUCCGGGAGCAAGUUGCUUUUUACAUGGACAAACGGGAUAAAAUAGAUAAAUCAAUAUAAAAAUUUAAUACGGACAAAAACUUCGAAACAUUUUUUUGAUCUAUUGCUGGGACUUUUAGAACAGUACUCAUUUGCCAACGAAAAUGGAAGAAGAUCUCAGAAAUUGAACCGGUCUGUUUCCUUUCACGAUAUGAACACAAUGGAAGAAGAUACCGAGUCCUCUUGUUGUUAAUAGAGGCACAACAGAUAUUGAACUGAUCUGUUGAAUGACAAGCGCUUGCUUGAUCGUAUUAUCCAGCACUUCUGUAUUUUUAGAGAAGACCGAGUAUCGUAUGCAAGAACACAAUAGUGAGAACUUGAA